AAACGAUGUUACCGGGAAUGACAAGUGCAAGAACGAAUAUCGCAACAAGAACAAUGACGGAGGUCAGGACCUCGACCUGGAUGACUUGGGUGGCCUGGUUCGCUGGACGCCCGCGCCAGGCGUUGCAGGUGUUGAGGACUACGGCCUCUUCCUUGCGCUUGACGCCGCCGGCACAGGGCGUUCUCAGGUUGGUGGGGCAAUUUCCUUCGGAGCCGGGGACCAAGGACUCAUUCCAGAUGGGACGUUGCGCAGCAACUUCACGACUUUUACCGUUUAUGCUCGCUCGGCGAUUGCUGAGCAGACGACGCCAGCAGCCCUGUCCUUUGUCGAUGCAGCGACGAAGUUCCAAGUGACCAACCUCUCCUUCACCGACGAAGAUUUGGAUUUGGGUGAUGUGGGGAGUGCCGCAACAUGGCUUCUGCCAGAG